GGCGGGCGGGCUUGCUUUAAAGCGAGGAGGGAGGGCGGCGCGCGGCGCAGGUUAGUGGCAGGCGCGUGAGCAGAGCACAGUUAAGGGAGUGGGGCGUGGCCGAACGCUUCGGCUGGAUGGGGUUCUCCUAGUGGAAGAAGACGCCCUCAUCUUCGUCCAGGGUGGAUCGUCACCUGCUGGUUCCAGUUUCUAAUGCCGGCCUCGCUGCGCUUGGGAGUGGGAAGGCCGAGCAGCAGACCGAGAAACUGAACUAGCCAACAGUGCUAGGGCACGAGCAUCCAUCCCCACACAAGCCGGCCAGUUCUUAGGUCACGGGAAGGAGCUCUGAUAGCGAGGCCAGCAGCAGCCCUGCGCCCAACCCACGCGUGCACCGAUGCUGGGGAUGGAUGAUGGAUGGGUUCUGCACGGGACCUUCCUUGACAAGGUUUGGGAAGCUUGCGCCCCAGAGGGAGCAGGGAAAUGAAAGCAAAAGAAGCUCCUUGCAAAGAUGGGCCGAACACGUGGGAGGCUUUCCCAUUCCCUUUGCCCGGCCUUUGAAAAGCUAAUGGUAUGACCUGUGAAAGCCUAACCCUUCACCUGUGGCAGGCCCUAGACUGGAAUGUGGUGGUAGGGUCUGGUCUCACAAGCACCUGUAGCCUCACUGCAAGAAGACGUCUUGAGUUCAUUUGAAUUUACUCUUCGUUCUACCCUAUUGGGUGAUCUUCUACUCUUUGUUUGUGGGUUUUUGGUUUUUUUUAAGCCAUGGGACCAGGAGCCUUUCUGCAAGAUUCUUGUCCCCACUCCAUAUUUGAUUGUCCCCAGAAACUGAGAGCUGGCAGACCUCAAAAGAAAGUGUUUGACUCUUGCUGUGUGUAGAUGCCAAACCUUGGGUUUCUCUGACCUUGGAUUUAGACAAAUCUAUCUUGUAUAUGUGGAUAACUUGCCUUCUGCCCAGCAUCAUGUUUACACACCCUAUAUCCCACAACUAUAGGAAAAUUGAAAUCCUGUUUUGUUGGAGAGAUACCAGGACAGAUGCAGGGUGGUGUAUCUUCAGACAAUUGAAUUGGAGGAUGGCCCAGUGGAGUUCUCAGGAUAAUCUGAAUUAUCUAGCCCAGCAUGCCUAAUAGAAGACUCCUUCCCUUGCAGCCCAGGGCAAUAGGAGAAGAUGGUGUCUCUCUAUCGCUUCUUACUGAUACCCACUCGCUUGGUGCUGAAGAUCUCCGACAUUGUGUUCUGGUGGGCUGUGUAUAUCCUCUCUUUCUUCUCUGCACUGUUCUUCUCUCUGUGGACAUUAUACCUGGUGGUGAUGAAGUGUCCCUACCAGAUGUUUUGCAAAAAGAGGCGGGAUAAACCACCAAGCUGUCUCACCGACAGGAUCUAUGGGGAGCACCGAUACCUGACGCUCCAGACAGGACUGCAACUUCACUGUGUUGUAGCUGGCCAAGAAGGGGCACAGUUGAUGCUUUUCUUGCAUGGGUUUCCCCAGAACUGGUUCACAUGGCGUCAUCAGUUGAAGGAGUUUAGGCGGGCAUUUAAAGUGGUAGCCCUUGAUUUGCGGGGCUAUGGCUUUUCUGAUGCACCGGCUGGUUCUGAGUACUAUCAGCGGGAUGCCCUGCUGGGAGACAUUCACGGCAUCAUCGAGAUGUUGGGCUCCAAGGAGAAGAAUGCACUUUCUAAGUGCAUCCUGGUAGGGCAUGACUGGGGUGCAGCGAUUGCUUGGGAGUUUGCUGCCAUUUACCCCAACCUGGUGGAGAAGCUGAUUGUCAUGAAUGGUGUUCAGUCAUAUGUCUUAUCAGAAUAUUUUUCACGACAUCCCACCCAGAUUCUGCGAUCCAACUACAUGUUUCUGUUCCAGCUCCCAAAGCUGCCAGAUUUCCUUUUCACCUUAGGUGACUUCUAUUUUAUAAAGAAAUAUCUGACUGGCAAAUCGUUUGGAAUCCAGAAUCCAGCACACUGUUUGACAGAAGAGGAUCUAGAGGCAUACGUGUACAGCUUGUCGGAGCUUGGGGGUUGCACACCACUCAUUAAUUACUACCGAAAUAUGUUCACCUGGCUGCCUCCAAAGUGCAAGGAUAUACUGAUGCCCACCCUGAUGAUCUGGGGAGAGUUGGAUGUAUUCCUGGAAAUGCAGCUUAUCCUACAUGCACAGCAGAAUGUACGGAAGAGUUUCGAGGUGAAGCUCAUCCCUGAAGCUGGCCACUGGGUCACCGAGGACCAGCCUGAAACAGUCAAUCGGCUGAUGUGGGAUUUCCUCCUGAAGACAGAAUAAGCUAGAACGACGGAGUAACUGCUCUGUGUGCACAAGCAUCUCUGAUCUUCUGUUCACUGGAAACAGCAACAGCCUGGCCUGCCUCUGGAGAGCUGGUCCUCUGCUCAGGGCUGUGGAACUUUUCUGUGCCACACUGGAACCGGGAUCCCAUGCUGCAUGAACUGGUUUUUUCCAUAAGCCCUGCUCUCUUGCACUGAAGGAAGAAAGGCAACCCUUUUGUUCAGGGUUCCUGGUAUGGGGCUUCCUGCCAAGGAAACCAGAGUGCUGUUGUGAAGAGGUCUUCUGGCUCACUUCCUCUGUGGGGUGGGGCUUUUAUACUGGAAGAGCAAGACUUUUCUUCCAGGUUCCUCUUGUUCUGUUGUGCCAGGGCACAGCCAAGCCUUGAGUGAAGAUCUGUGCUCACUGUUUCUGCCUUGCAUUCCUUUUCCCUACUUGGGUUGUAAGGGAGAGGGCCCCAGGCUUGAAGGAUGUUGAAAUCAAGGUUUCCGAUGAGAAUUCAACCUUUGCUCUUAAGAACCUAGACUGGAGCCCCUUGAGCACUCACCAGUGUGAAAUGGAAAAUUCCUUAUUGUUCUCUACUGCUGAAACUGUGGAGUCUCUUAUCUACCAAGGACAGACAGGGUGGGGGAAGAGGGUACGGAUAACCAGUGCAGGUUUCCCCCCACAAAGCAUGGUGUGAGAACUGCCAUCUAUUGCUUUGGACCUAUUUUACUUGAGGACCUGUAAUGAACCUGGAUGCUUCCAUCUUCAGCCUCUCCUCUUCAAGCUGAUAUCCCCCCCCCCACACACACACAAACAUUUCCUUCCAAGUUCAGAGAUAGUUUGUCAGUAUACAAGUAAGUGUGGUCAAAUAAUAGGGGGAAAUUCCACUGGUAUAGACCAGGGACUCUGAGACAUGGUGUGCUAUGAACUCUUGCUGUGACAGCAGGUGCCUACAUACCAGUAGCAGUAUGUCAGCUCUGCUGGCUUCCUCCGCCCCCUCAUUUGCUAACAUCAGGCAUAUUUUUGCAGUUCUGUUUCUUGGCAGUGAAAUAUGUGUGCCUCCGUACUUGAAAGGAAUAUACUUUAUUUGCAUUUAUCCACUCUUGAAGCACUGGAGCAGAAUGUAUCCCCCCCCCUCCCCCUGAUUCUACCUCUGUAAUAUUUACAGCAUUUCCUGUACAUAAGUGUCUUGUCCUUUUUGAUACUUGGCUGAACUUUUUGCUUCUGUGUGUUGUGAUUUUGAAAUCCCACCAGGGGGAAGUGUUGCACCACAUUUCCUGAUCCAGCGACUGCAUGUCUACUGAGGUAUAUUCUGAACUAUCUGAUGCAGCCUGGAAAGCUGAGAAAGGAAAACAAAGGGCGGUGUCCCUUACCAAAAGUGAAAAGGGGGUAUAACCAGAAGAGUGCAAAAGGACCAGGAUUAUUGAAUGCUUCUUGAAAAUCCAGUAUGUAGCCUCCUUAAGCAAAUAUCCUCCUUCAGAGAGAUUUGCAUGUAUAUGGCAACACUUAUACCUCAGCCAAACAAAAUGCAAAGAUACUGAAUAAGGAUUAAACCAAAUAGAAUGUCCUGCCAA